UUUCAGCCGAAACAUCGCUUCGAUCUCUUCAAUCUCGUUGCAUAUCUGUAGUAAAUGCAUGCGAUGUGGACAAGAGCAUGACCAUUCCAUACCAGCUGAUGAUCACUCAGUUGGAUGGCGAUGCAAACGCUGCCAACUCGCUCAGAGUAUAAGACUUCGGCCCCAACUCGUCCACGAAAAUUCUUCGAUUACUGCACUACUUGAAGCAAGAGGUUGUCGGCCACUUGAUUGCAUCCUGCAGCAGUCGCAGCUUAGAUUUACUUGUUUGGCUUGUAACAAAGAAGAUGAUGUGCAGAAGCUGAAUUUUGGCUCAACACACAAAUCAUGGUGUCGUGAAUGUCACACGCUCUGUGAAUUCACUAUCACUGCAGUGCGAUUCCGAGGAGAUUUAGCGAAGAUUGCCGCUGAGGACCAAGUGACAGCGAGCAAAAUCCCAAAAGCGAAGAAAGAGGUGAAAGUGGUAAGCGCAAUUGUUGAGGGACAACCGUUGCCAGAACUUGGCACGUGUAAGCAUUACAGGAAGAGCUACAGAUGGUUCAGGUUCCCAUGUUGUGGGAGGGCGUUCCCUUGUGAUAUUUGCCAUGAAGAAUUUGUGGGAGGCGAGCAUGAGAUGAAAGUGGCGAAUCGCAUGAUUUGUGGGCACUGUAGCAAGGAACAGAUCUUUACUGUUGGGAAACCAUGCAUAAACUGCAAUGCGUCAGUAACGCGCAAUCGGUCUCAGUUCUGGGAAGGUGGUAAAGGUUGUCGUGAUCCUACCUUGAUGAGCAGGCACGAUGGUCACAAGUUUAUAAACAAACAGAAAACGACUUCAAAUAAGAAGCUUCGUACAACACAGAAGAAAUGAACAUUGGUUUCUUGCACUUUUGUUUUACUUUCAUCUGAUAUCUUGUGAUAUACCUGAUUAUUUGUGAUAGGAAUGUACAUUUGCUUUGGUGCGCAGGGAAAGUGGGUGUUACUGUAUUGCGUGAGCUGCGAUUACUAGGUUGAUUUAUAAAUAA